AUGUGGCUUUGAGAGCUGCGGUAUACCAGCAAACAAGAAGCGCUGCUAACUCUGCUACACACGGCUGCACUAGCCUGUUCAUGUCAACAACAACAAAGAAUGUGAAUUGAAGUUUGACUUUAUAGCCAACACAGUUUCCUCGCUAUGGGGCAGCCGGCGGAGAAAGUAUAUUAUCGCUUUGUGGUACUCUUCUUCAACUGUCUGCUGACAUUUGGCUCCUACUUCUGCUUUGACAUCCCUAGUGUCUUGCAGGAUCAGUUUCAAGGGAACCUGACAUGUCCCAAUGCAACAGUGAUCAAUGGGACAGUGGACUGUGUGGUUGGGCUGGGGAUGAGCCCUCAGGAGUACAAUCUCCUCUAUGCCAUCUACGCAUGGACGAAUGCAGUAGUGGUGAUCAUGGCUGGUUUCCUGAUUGACAAAUUAGGAAAUCGCUUUGGGGUGUUCCUGUUCUCUUUUCUGUGUGUUUUGGGCUCCAGCCUGUUUGCACUAGGCUCCCACUUCAGAGGAACUCCCUACCUGCUGCCACUAAUGCUCACAGGCCGUCUUCUGUUUGGAUCGGGAAAUGGAUCUCUGACCAUUGUUCAGAACCGCAUCACGGCCUUCUGGUUCAAAGGGAAGGAGCUGGCCUUGGCUUUCGGCGUGACCCUGGCCUUCUCUCGCCUGGGCUCAGUCCUGAACUUCUUCUUCACCCAGAGGUUUGAAGAAAACUAUGGCAUGCAGUGGACACUCUGGGGCGGUGCACUGUUGUGUGUGCUGGGCUUCGUUUCUGCUGUCAUCGUCAGCGCCUUGGACAAGGUUGGAAUGAAGCAGCUGGGUCUCGAUGGAGCCAUUCAAGAGGAGUCCCGCAAAGUGAGGAUUCAAGACGUGAAGCUCCUGUCGCUGAGAUACUGGCUGCUGGUUCUUACCAUCAUGUUCUUUUACAACGGCAUCUUUCCCUUCAUCGCAGAUGCCAGCAAGUUCAUUCAAGAUAAAUACAACGACUACAGCCAAAAGCAGGCAGCCUAUAUCGCAGGGGCGGUUUAUGACAGCUCUCUGGUCCUCUCAGCCAGUGUGGGCAUUCUCAUAGAUUACGUAGGUCUGCGGGGAGUUUUCGCAGUGUCCUGUGCCGUCCUCACGCUGCCUGUGUUUGGACUCCUAGCUUUCACCUUUGUCCCUCCGCUGGUCUCCACCAUAUGGCUGGGUGUCACCUACUCCUUUGCUGCUGCCAGCAUGUGGCCAUCUAUUCCCCUUGUAGUACCUCAGGCGACUUUGGGAACAGCCAUGGGCUUGGCCACCUCCAUCCAGAUGAUUGGGAUUGGAAUCUCUAAUCUUGUUGUUGGCCAGAUACUGGGGACCAAGUCUAGUGAAACUAAGAUUCCGUUGUGGCGUUGGCAGAGGAUGAUGAUCUUCAUGUUGGCCAAUACCAUCAGCUGCAUCGUGACCUCAGUGCUGCUUAAUAUUGUUGAUCACAAACAGGGUGGGACCCUGAACAAGACAACAAAGAGGUCAGGGCAGGCAGCGGGAGACUCAGACCGAGAGCCGCUCUAUCAGGGGGAGGAAGAACCAAAUGAGGAUGACGACGACGAUGACGAUGAUGAUGAUGAUGGUGCCAUCCGGUCUCAUUCUGUCAACUCAUGAGUUUUCCCUCUCUCUUUCACCAUCUCUAUUUUAGUAUGUUUCAUAUUUAGUUGUGUCAUAUUCAACACAAUUUUAAAAGUAAUUGUAAAAGCCCUAUUUGCACAAAUUUCACCUGGGGCCCUCCGGUAAUUUGUAAUAAUCACAGAGGUCAUCAAUGACCUUAAUCCCUUAAUUCAAAGUUUGGACAGAUGUAAGGGUGCAAAGUUGAAGCGUUGGUGAACUAUUCACCCAUUUAGAUGGAUAAAAUCAUUAAAUCAACCAUUAAUGUGUUCAUCGGCAGAUUUCCGUAUCAGAUAAACAGUAUCAGAAAUAUAUAUUUUUUUAUUAUCCAUUAGUUUGCAAAAUAACUGAUGUCAAAGAUGUCAAAAAGUGUAAAUUGUCCUCUGACAUGCAGUGAAGCAGAAAGUAGCAGAGACAUAACACUCAAUAGGAAAUUUCAGUAAAACACAGAGUUUGCGUAUCCUGUGCGAAUGCAGAGAAAACAAUAAAAAAAAAAUUAAAAAGUUAAAAUAAAAAUAAAUAAAAAUCAGAUUUCAGACUAGACGGGGUCCGUCGUACACCUGAAACCCACAGAGAAGUUCAUUGAAUAAAACGAGCCAGUCGAACAGUAUUCACACACAGACUCUACAAACAAUAUAUAUGGGUGUCAUACACGUUGUUUAUUAGAUGGAUCCCAUUAGCUCCUGCCUUGGCAACCACUAAUCUUCCUGGGGCCUUUAAAGAUAUUAUACAUAAGUGUUUUUUUUGUUGUUGUUUUUUUAUGAGUAAAAAAAAAAAAAAACGGGUAAAGGGAAAAGUGAAAUAUCAGCAAUUGACUUUACUGCCAUAAAUGCCUGAGUGGACGUUACUGAGGUUAUGAAAUCAUUUUAAUAUUGUGUAAAAAUACAUGUCAGAUGAUUCUCUUUCAAUUGUCACAAUGAAUAAUUUGUAAAUUUCCAAA